GUUGUUAACGGUACCCGUAACACACACACACACACACAGCUGAAGAAGCAGAAACUGAAAUUUGGGUCUGACAGACAAUUCUCUCAAAACCCAGAUAGGAAAAUAAAAUGCAGAGUGGCGAUGACAUUCGAAACCUUCCCAUUGACAUCACAUUCUCUCGUCUCGGAGAAUGGUUGAUUGAUCGGAAACGAAUCCCUUCGGAUUGGCGAAAAAAGUUGGCGGCGAUCAGAGCUCGGAUUUCCAAGGAUUUUUCUUCGCUCCCUAAGGAUAUCGAUCCCUAUUUCCAAACCCUAGACCCUGAGGGGAUUGAUUACUUAGAGUCCAAACGAAUAUAUGAAACUCUUCUAAAGUCAACUCCAGAAAGCCGGAAUAUAUUUGGCCGGCUGUCAGGUGCUGCUGGUGCUUGGGAGGCAAUUGUGCGUUCUUUUGAAAAGGAUCAUAUUUACCUUGGUGAGGCUGCUCAAAUUAUGGUUCAAAAUGUAAACUAUGAAAUACCAUAUCAGAAAAAACAGGUGCAGAAGAUUCAGCAACAACUAUCAGAGCUAGAGCGCAAGGAAGCUGAUAUAAAAAGAAAUGCAGCUCUAUCAGCCGCUAAGUAUGUUGAGGCUUGUCAAGAGCUUGGAUUGCAGGGAAAUAAUGUGAGGCUUGAACUUUUAGAGACCGCAAAAUCUCUCCCAAGCACAUUCAACAAGAUUUUGGAAGUUAUAAAUAGUGAUUCUAUGUCACAGGCUAUGGAGUACUACUCAAACUUUGUGAGAGAUGCUCACACAGAAAAGGAUAAAUCUUUAUCGAUUGUGUUACCUAACUUGAGAGACAUACGUGAACAUCCCCCGUCUUUGCAUGUUUCUGUGGGCUCUGAGAUUGAUAAUUCUGUCAAUACUCAAUCAAGCUAUAAUGAGCCAGAUCUUCUGAGAGCAGAUGUGGAUGUUGCUGCCGAUAAUAUUGACUGGGAUAUUUCUGUUGACAGUUCUCAGAUUGAUUGGGAUAUUGGUACUGUGGAAGAAACAGAUGAUAAUGGCAAUGGUUUGGGUCCUUAUGAAAUAAUUAAUGCAAGUGAGGUCUUACAGGACCCUUCACCAACUGAAGUUGUGCGAUCUGAUCGAACCUCAUUAGAUAAAGUUGAACUUGGUCUACACCCAGAGAUUUCUGUGUCAGAGAUAUCUUGGGAUGUUAGUGUUGACACUCCCCAAGUUGAUGUCAUUGAUGACAUCAGUUUGUCAAACGUAGGUCUGGACAAACAGACAUUUGUUCCAGAUACUUCUUCUCAAAUGCCAGAAAUGAAUGUAGAGAGGAGCAAGCUUUUGGAGACUGAGUACAGAAAUAAGAUUCUUGACGAUCUGCAUGAGGUCAAAGCAUUUCUAAAUCAACGAUUGGCAGAGGUGAAGAAUGGAGAAACUUUGUCCUUGCAACAUCAAGUCCAGGCAGUUGCUCCCUUUGUGCUGCAGCAGUAUACUCCUGAUGCCAUGGAGACCAUGCUAUCUGACAUUUCCUUAGUCAUUUCCUUGCUGACUAAUAGGAAAACAAGGGACUUGAUCUUGAUCCUCAACUCUAAAAGAUUUUUAGACAGACUAGUGACCACAUUAGAGGAGAAGAAGCAUCAUGAAGUCAAGUUGAAAGAGGGAUUGAAGAGCUUGGCUACCAAACGCAUGGAGCUGCACAAUUCAUUAUCCUCUUCUUGGCCGAAGCAAGAAGCAGCUCUUUCAAAAACCAGGGAGUUGAAGAAGCUUUGCGAGAGUACACUUUCUUCCAUGUUCGAUGGAAGACCUGUUAAUAUCAUUGGCGAGAUCAAUACCCUGUUGACAAGUGGCCUCGGGGCUUGAACGCUUAAGAGUUGCUUUUGGCAACAAUGAAAUAUUCAGUGAGGUAGUGGGUUGCAGGAUCAAAUGGCAUUCUUUUGAGCCGGAGUCUUAAUUUUAACUUCUUUUCCUGUUCUUUUUUAAAGGAUAUAGAAAAUUAUCAGUAUUUAAUUUCAACUUAGCUAUCAAUAUCCCACAUGGUUUUGUUUU